AUGAGGUCUCUGGCCGACAUCUACGAGCAGACGGCGCGGGAACUGGCGCAGCAGGGCCUGGGCUGCGAGUGCCUGGGGGGCGGCCGGCUCUCCCACCGCCCCGAGGAGAGGAAGAUCCACGUCUACGGGUACUCGGUGGGCUUUGGGCGAGCGGACCACUCCGUGACUACAGAGAAGCUGAAAGCCGAGUAUCCAGACUACGAGAUCACCUGGGCAGAUGAGGGCUACUGACUCGCUCUAGCCGGGCAGCGGCAUUGACGCCAGCCUGGAGCUGGUGCGGCCAGAUCCGGCAUCGGGGUGAGGGCAGCAGGCUCCCUGUGCUCAGCAGCACUCUGGGCUCUCCUGUUUUUUCUUUGUGUUGAACUCGCCUGUUCUCCACUGUCACUGGACUUCCCACAUGCCGUGGGUGAUGCCCACCUCCCCAGCACAGGGCCGCAAAGCCUCGGUGAAGCCAGUGGGUGCUCUGCCCUGGCCUCCCAGGUAGCAAGGGGGUUUGUCCACGUGUGUAUGUGAGAAUUAAACACG